CUCCGGCGCCGAGGACGGAGUCGGUGAGGGAAGGGCGCCGGGGUGCGCCUCUGCCUGAGGGGCUUCUGGCUUCAGCGCGGCGGGCGAGCUGGGGAGCCGGUCUCGGCCCAGCAGGAGGUCGACAGGCGCGAGGAAGCGCCCGUAGUAGACAUGAAGAGAAAUUACUGGAGAGGCAAAAAAAAGCGUGGCUGGAGCAGUCACAAGAACAGCUACCAUCCCCAUGGGUACAGAAGACCCGACCGCAAUAACCGUACUGAAAGGCUGGAACAGGAGGAACCUCAGACUGCAGUGAAUGCAGGCCCCAGCAGCAGUGGAUCUUUAACGCAGAACUCUGUAGUACAAGAACUGCCGGGAUUUUACUAUGACUCAGAAAAGAACCGCUACUUUCGCCUGCUGCCCGGACAUAAUAACUACAACCCACUCACCAAGGAGAGCAUUCAGUACAAGACAAUGGAAUGCAAAAGACUGAGACUCUUGGAAGAGGAAGAAAAACAAAAGAAGAAAACAACAAGGGCUGGACUGAACUCAUCUGUGCUGUUACAGAAAAGGCAGCUGGGUUUGCUCAGCUCCACAAGUUAUUGCAGGCUGGUCCAUGAACUAAAAGUGAACUGUAUGCAGAGGAGGAAGAUAGAAAUUCACAGUCCAGACUCCUCAGUUGCUGGAACCAACAAUUUUAAAAUAAUUGUGGCGGAUGUUGCUUGUGAACAGAUAUUCACUGUGAAUGAUGUAGAGCAUGGAGGAUGUAAAUAUGGCAUCAUCAACCUCCGUGGUUUGGGGAAGGAGUCUCUCACUGUGGAGAUGUAUGACAACCUCUACUUCACGAACCGCAAAGUGAAUUCUGUGUGCUGGGCAUCAUUGACUCAUCCAGAUUCUCAUGUUUUGCUGUGUCUCAUGGGAAUUGCAGAAACACCAGGCUGUGCCAGUCUGCUUCCAGCAUCGCUGUUCAGCAGCACUAACCCAGGAGAUCGACCUGGAAUGCUAUGCAGCUUCAAGAUAUCUACUGCCUGGUCCUGUGCUUGGUGCCUGAAUCCCCAAGCAGACAACUGCUUCAGCACAGGCCUGACGCGACGAGUUCUUGUGACCAAUGUAGUAACAGGGCAUCGACAGACAUUUGGAACCAGUAGUGAUGUAUUGGCACAACAGUUUGCCAGACAGACCCCAGUGCUGUACAAUGGCUGCCGUUCAGGCGAGGUUUUCAGCAUUGAUGUGCGUCAACGCAACCAAAAGGGCCAGAGCUGGAAAGCAAUUCGUCUCUUCCAUGACUCAGCAGUUACAUCUAUUCGCCUUCUUGAGGCUGAACAUUAUCUUAUGGCAGCAGAUAUGGCUGGAAAGAUAAAACUGUGGGACCUGAGAACAGUAAAAUGUGUGAAGCAGUACAAAGGUCAUCACAAUGAAUACGCUAUUCUUCCUUUGCACGUAAAUGAGGAGGAAGGACUUCUUACAGCAGUUGGUCAGGAUUGCUACACCAGAAUUUGGAGUCUCCAAGAUGCCCAUCUGCUCAGAACCAUCCCUUCUCCCCACCCGUCCUCCAAAGAUGCCAUUCCCAGUGUGGUGUUUUCUUCAAGACUUGGGGGCAGCCGAGGAGUUCCUGGCUUACUCAUGGCUGUCAGACAGGAUCUCUACCACUUCUCCUACAACUGACACAUUAUUCUCCUUAGACCUGGUCUACAAAGCUGCCAGCCUAUACAUGACUUCAAAAUUUUUACACCAGUCACCAUGCUGUUGAGUCGCUAUGUGCUGCUGUUGCAUCUGCUUUACCCAUGAAAUUCUGAACCUCCUUCAGCAAGUUCAGCAGAUCUUGCUGUGUACAUCUUAGACAAUCUGUAAAUAAAAGCUGAAUGCUAAUUAA